AUGACGUACAGGCCCGACUUAAUGAGGCAGACCAAACACAGCCCCAACUCCAUUAGGCAGACAAAGUACCGGCUCGACUCCACGAGGCGAACGACGUACAGGCCCGACUUCAUGAGGCAGACGACAUACAGGCCUGACUCCACAAAGCAGACGACGUACAGGCCCAACUCCACAAGACAGACGACGUACAGGCCCAACUUCAUGAGGCAGACGACGUACAGGUCUGACACCACGAAGCAGACGAUAUACAGGCCCGACUACACAAGACAGACGACGUACAGGAACAACUUCAUGAGGGAGACCAAGCACAGCCCCAAUGCCACGAGGCAGACGACAUAUAGGCCCGACUUCACGAGGUAG